AUGUGGAUGAUCUUCAGCGACCACACGGCGGCUCCGCUCACCUUCUUUGACCCCAAAGACUACACGCUGAACGGCUCGUCACUGGAUGAGAAGGUGGUGUCUGUGGUGCAGGAGCCGGGGCAGCGCUGGCCCCUAGUGUCUGCGGAGGGCGAGGGCUCCGGAGACCUGCUGCGCCUCGAGAUGGCCAUCUGUGAGGCCUGCCAGAAGACCAAGCGCAAGAGCGUCAUCGCCGCCGCCAACGCCUUCGUCAAGGUGCGUUUUGGCCCCGAGGAGGACUCUGAGGAGGAGACCACCACAGAGGGCGAGAUGGAGAUGGUUCCCUUCACCCGCAGGACCGCGCUGGACCCUGGGAACCGCGUGUACGAGACCUCCCACGAGCAGCCCGCCAGUGUCCCCAUCGACUACACCAACUUCCCCACCAUCAGCCUGCAGGAGCGCCCCACCGACUCGGACCUGGAGGAGGAGGAGGACUUCAUCCACUCCCCGCGGAACAUGACGGACCUGGAGAUCGGCAUGUACGCUCUGCUGGGGGUCUUCUGUCUGGCCAUCCUGGUGUUCCUCAUCAACUGCAUCGUCUUCGUGCUCAAGUAUCGACACAAGAGGAUCCCGCCCGAGGGCCAGGCCAACAUGGACCACUCGCACCACUGGGUCUUUCUGGGGAACGGGCAGCCGCUGAGGGCCCAGUGCGAGAUGACCCCUCAGCAGGUGACGGAGAACCCGCUGGAGAGCGUGCAGACGUGUUGCCAUAGCGACCACCACAGCAGCGGCAGCUCGCAGACCAGCGUGCAGAGUCAGCCUCACGGUGAGUCCGAGUCCAAGUGA